AUGGAUAAUGAUGUUAAAUAUUUAGCAAACAGUUUGAAUAUUGUGGUGGAUGACGAUGAAAUCAUAGAGGAGAACUUGCGAUAUGAAGUACAACAACAACAACAGAAACUAAAGAUGACACCCUUGCAUCAACAACAGAUGCAAUCGAAGGACAUCAACGAUCCACAACGUGUGGUUGACACAGUGUUGAAGACGGUGGUCGAUGUGUUCCGCGAUUGUAUCGAGCGUAUCGAUAAUGGCGCGGCGAAAGACGCCAUCGAUCUGUUCCAACCAUAUAUUUCAGAGGAGCAAUUCCGUUCGCUGCGUGACAUGUCACAGAAGAUCAGUGGCGAUGCCGCACAGCAACUCGAUUGCGUCAACGAGACGAUGCUCGCCGCCAACCUCAACAACUACUUGAUGCCACAGGGUGUCGCUGCCAAGCUCACCAAGCUCAAAGCCGCCAAGUCGCUGCCACGUCAGGCUGCACCGAUCCACAUUAAUAAAGCUGCAUCGUACAACUCCAAUGGACAGCCAGCAACUGGUGGUGGUAGCAGCGGUGGUUCGUCUUCGCGUCGUCGUGAGAGCAAAGAAGGAUUCCCUCUCAAUAUGGGUGCGAUCAUUGGAAUGGCAGCCAACAUGAAUCUCGAUCAGAUCAAAUCGAUGAUGAACGUACUGAUCAUGAUCCUCACACACACACCAAUCCCAGUGAUUCUCAGAGAGUUCCACCGAUUCCGUAUGCUCACCUCUGUAUUUUUCGAUCUCAUUGUAGCGAUCUACCGUUUCGACGUCAAAGAAAUCGCAUCACUCUUAAUCAUCACCAUACUCAACGUAAUCUCAUUCAUGAACAAGAAAGAUAAAAAUUUAAUCACUGAGAUUAGAAACGUAACUAGUCUCUACAUUAUGAAUAAUAAUAAUAAUAAUAAUAAUAGAAGUUAA